AAUAGACAAACCUCGUACAAUCUUCUUUUUAGCUGCCUGGGGCACCGUUGUUGAUCGAUCGAAACUCCGAGAACUUGUUCAUUCGACAAGAGUAGACUCCAGAGCUCGUACACGAUGUUCCGCACCGCUUCCCUGUGUGCUCUCCUGAUCUGCGGACUGAUGUUCGCAUCAGCUACCAAGGUCAAUGACAUUGCUGUAGAGGAAUGGACCGAGGAACGAGUGGAAGCCAUGAUGAACGCUAAGGCUGCCGCUGUUGACAAAACCAUGACCUACGAAGAGGUGAGAGAGGAGGUGGACUACAUGAGCCACCUUUACAGCAAAUAUGUCAGGGAUAACAACUGCGGUGCUAUUAUCAACCUGUAUGAUCCGGCCGUCAUGCUUAUCGACCACGAUGCUCCCAUCGUAAAUGGAAUAGAAGCUAUCCAGUUUGUGCUGGCUGCGCUGGAGGGAGUUGGCUCCAUGAACAUGACCACUCUCUCUGUCGCACCCCUGGGUAAGGACGCUAGGUUCGUCUUCCAGCACGUCUUGUCCAAGGGUUUUGACCGCGAAGGAAACUUCAUGCAUGAGGGGCAUUUUUUCAUGAUUUGGAAGAGGCACGCCACUGGCCUGAGGAUCCACAUGGAGAUCUACGAUAUGGCAGCUAUGACUCUGUCCGACAAACAUUAUUGAAACUGACGAACACCGCCCCGGCGAACGACAUCAUCAUACGAAAAAACAAAAUCCACGUAAAAAAAUGUCUUAUCAUCUUCAGCAUUGAAGAUAUAGCUCCUCCAACGACACAGAUAAAAAAAUGUUAAUGUUUGAAUUCGUGUUAUUAACAUUUUCUUAACAAGUUCUAUUCGAUUUUGCUUCGAAAAAAUAGAUCACAAUUUGGUAAACGUAGACAUUUUACCUGUUUUAAAAGCGAAUUGUUUUAGUAUGAACAUCUGAGAUUUAUAAUGUUGUCUGUGUGUUACAAAACAAGCCAUACCAGCAUCUCUAAACAUUUGAAAUCAGAUAUAAAUAAAUAUUGAAUUACUGCAAUGAA